AAAAAUAAAAAAAAAUUGCACACAAACAAAAUAGACGAACACCUUCAUUUGCGCUCCUCACUCUUUCUCUCUCUACCUUCUUUCUCUUCGAUGAUAUUUUUGCAUCGACUUCGCGAUCUGCGUAUUUUUUUUUUUUGAUUUCUGCAACUAAUUAUCAAUUCAUAUUCUUCUCAUGAUAAAGGAUUAGAAAUUGAAAAAAAAAUCGCAUGGAGGAAUGAGGAUUAAAGAGUGGUUGGUUUGGAUUUGAAGGAGGUGAACAAUGUCCUCGAAGGGUGAACAUCAGACGGUGCCGCUUUCGGUGUUGCUAAAGCGCGAAUUAGCGAAUGAGAAGAUUGAGAAUCCAGAGAUUUGUCAUGGUCAGGCUAGCCAAAGCAAGAAAGGGGAGGACUUCACAUUUGUCAAGACCGAAUGCCAACGCGUUGUAGGAGAUGAGGUUUUUACAUAUUCUGUUUUCGCGCUAUUUGAUGGACACAAUGGGCCUGCGGCUGCCAUAUACUCUAAGGAAAAUCUCCUAAAUAAUGUUUUGGCUUGUAUUCCUUCUGACCUUAACAGAGAUGAAUGGAUUGCAGCACUGCCAAGGGCUUUGGUUGCGGGGUUUGUAAAAACUGAUAAAGAUUUUCAAGAGAGAGCACAAACUUCAGGAACAACCGUCACCUUUAUGAUUAUUGAAGGAUGGUUCAUAACUGUAGCAUCUGUUGGUGAUUCUCGUUGUGUACUUGAAUCGGCUGAUGGUGAAAUAUAUUAUCUGUCAGCAGAUCAUAGGCUUGAAUGCAGUGUAGAAGAGAGAGAACGUAUAACUGCAAGUGGUGGUGAGGUUGGUCGGCUUAAUACUGGUGGUGGUACAGAGAUCGGUCCUCUAAGAUGUUGGCCUGGUGGCUUGUGCCUUUCACGUUCCAUUGGAGAUUUGGAUGUUGGCGAGUACAUUGUCCCUGUUCCUUAUGUAAAACAAGUGAAGCUAUCAACUGCUGGUGGCAGGCUUAUUAUCUCAAGCGAUGGUGUUUGGGAUGCUUUAUCUGCGGAGACAGCAUUUGAUUGUUGUCGUGGGGUGCCACCAGAUGCAGCAGCUUCACAGAUUGUUAAAGAUGCUGUAGGAAUGAAAGGACUUCGAGAUGAUACAACUUGUAUUGUGAUUGAUGUACGACUUCCAGAGAAGCCAAAUGUCCCUUUGCCACCUCCAAAGAAGCAGGGCGGCAAAGGAGUUUUUAUGUCCAUGUUUCGUAAGAAAUCCUCCGAGUCAUCUUCUCAAAUUGAUAAAGAAUAUUGUGAGCCAGAUGUGGUAGAAGAAAUAUUUGAGGAUGGAUCUGCAAUGCUUUCAGAAAGGUUGGACACAAAAUACCCAAUCUGCAAUGUGUUCAAGUUGUUCAUGUGUGCAGUUUGUCAAGUAGAGAUGAAACCUGGAGAGGGUAUUUCAAUAUAUGCCGGUGUUUCAAAUUCGGGAAAAGUGCGGCCUUGGGAUGGCCCUUUCCUUUGCGUAAGUUGCCAAGAGAAGAAAGAAGCCAUGGAAGGGAAGAGACCUUCUGGAGCUGGAAGGUAUAGUAGCGGAAGUGACUAGUCAACCUUUCUCAAGCAUUAAUUAAGCACUAACUAUUGUUCCUGGAAUGAUCACAAAUGGGAAGGCAGAACUUCUCACCAUAUAAUUCCACUCAUGUCUCUGAUUGAGCGGUUUGAGCAUUUCAAUCCAUUUUGACAUUUUAGUUGGGACCCAUUCGGGAUUUUUUCCUAAUGUUUCCUUGCUCCCAGUCAGAAGAUCAAAGAUUCAGGUUGAUGUAGUGUUAUUGAAAAAUAGUUUCUGACUCGGGGAGGUUUUUCAUGCCUGCCUACCACCUUUGGAAGAUUCAUAUGAGAUGUUGAUACACUCUUGACUGGGUUACACGACUGAGAGAAUCAUCUCCUCCUCCUGAAUAUGUUCAACUGUUUACAGGUACGUCCCUUUCCUAGAGCUAACAUCAAGUGAGAUCAGUCUUCACUCUACAGUAUAAUAUCCUUUUAUAGGAAGUUGAAUGUGUACUAUUAGGAUUCAUUGCAUAGGAGAAACUUCUGUGAUCAUUCUGAUAUUGAACUUGUUCAUGUAAACAUUAAUUCGUUCCUAGGCAAAACCUUCAGAAAAGAAGCAGACUGAUGUUUCUGUAGUUUCCACCACUGUAAUUCAAAAUUAUUAUUAUUUUUGUUUGCAUUGUAAUUCAAAAUUGAUGAAUGAAAAAACCGCAGUUUCAAAAAUUUAGAAAA